CCCGCCGCGCCUCGGGAACGGCCAGGCGUGCGGGGCGGAGGAUGCGGACGGGCCGAGCCGCUACCGCAGCGACGCGCCGUCCCCGGGGGGCGGGUACCGGCCGGCCCCGGCGGGCAGGGCAGCCCCGCCGAGGAUGAGCGCGGGCUGCGGGCGGGAACCGCCGCUCAAGAGAGCCCGGCUCGGCCCCGGCAGCCCCGGCGGCGCCCAGGGACAGCGGCAGGACGGGCCCGCGGGCAGCCCCGCCACCGCCGUGGGGAACAAAGUUUGCAAACAGCAGACAAUUACCAGUUGGUUGGAGAAUAAAAGACCCAAGACAACGGAGUCCAAAAGCUCACACAGCAAAAUUAAUAACAAUACUGAAGUAAAUCCCAAGAUGACUUCCAUUAAAAAAGAGAACUUUUGUGAGCAUGAUGUGAAAAAGCUAGAGAGCACUUGUCAGCAAAAUUACACAAAAAUGUCUGUGGAAGUUGGUGCAAAGCCUGUAAAUUUGCUUCAGACGGGCAACACGUGUAGCUGGGAGGCUGAGGACAAAGACACAGCCUUGGAUACAGAUCCUGUGAAGGGGCCGCAGUCUGGAGACCUCUUUAAAAAUGCCAACAUUGACCAGAUGCACAAAACUGGCCAGCAGGCCCAGAGAGGCUGUGAGGAAAGCAGUGAGAGUUGGACUCAGAGGAAGUUGUCAUCAGGCCAGUCUUUGAAAACAGGAAAUACAAACCCUCCUUCCAAAGACAGUGACGCAGACGGACAGGUGGCUUCGUGCAAUUCACAGAAGCCGAAGAGUUGCAAUUCUGUCUGUUUAAUGGGUGAACAAGAGGAAGGAGAUGUAAUUCCAGAAAGUCCACUUUCAGAUGCUGGUUGUGAUGCCUGUAUACCUGAUCUUGGAGGUCCUGGGAAACUGAGCAAAUGUCAGAGCAGUUCAGGGGACUCACCUGCUUUUGAGAAAGAGAGUGAACCAGAGUCACCAAUGGAUGUAGAUAAUUCCAAAAAUAGCUGCCAUGGGUCAGAGGCUGAUGAAGAAACAAGUCCAUUUCUGGAUGAGCGAGAGGACAAUAAUAUGUCAAAAUCCAUAAACAGAUCUUUCAGAAUUCAAUAUGGGGAUGCUGAAUUGGAGUCUAGAAAGUCACGUUUUUCUGCCAAGGUCUGUGGAAGCUUUGAGGAAACAGAUAAUUCGGUUAAGGAGGAUGGUCUGCAUACAAAGCCACCUGGAAUCUCUCCUGCUCCAUCGUCAGAAUUCAAAGGUGCAAAACAGAGUGUGAAGAGAGACUCCAAAAUCACCUCUCACUUCAUGAGGAUACCUAAAGUUGAGGAGAAAAGCAGGAAAGAAAAGUGCGAAUUCAAACCCCAGAGGCCAGGAAGGAAGAUUCCUAAAUAUGUGCCACCUCCUCUUCCAAGUAACAAGAAGUGGUUUGGGACACCGAUCGAGGAGAUGAGGAGGAUGCCGACGUGUGGGGCCCGUCUGCCUCACCUGCGCCCCUCCGCCAAUCACACAGUGACUGUCAGGGUAGAUCUUCUGAGGGAAGGAGAGGUACCUAAACCUUUUCCAACUCACUACAAAGAUUUGUGGGACAACAAGCAUGUUAAAAUGCCCUGCUCAGAACAAAAUUUAUACCCUGUAGAGGAUGAGAAUGGAGAUAGAACUGCUGGAAGUCGAUGGGAGCUAAUCCAAACUGCCUUACUUAACAAAUUUACCUGCUCACAUGACUUGAAGGAGGCCAUACUGAGGUACAACGUUGCUUAUUCCAAGAAAUGGGACUUCACAGCUCUUACUGACUUCUGUGAGAAGGUUCUUGAAGAUGCAGAGGCUCAACAUCUCUUCCAAUCCAUUCUUCCUGAUAUGGUCAAGCUGGCACUCUGUCUCCCUACUAUCUGCACUCAGCCAAUACCUCUACUGAAACAGAAGAUGAAUCACUCCAUCACCAUGUCACAGGAACAGAUCGCCAGCUUUCUGGCCAAUGCUUUCUUCUGUACUUUUCCACGUCGCAAUGCGAAGAUGAAGUCUGAGUAUUCUAGUUAUCCAGACAUUAACUUCAACAGAUUGUUUGAAGGAAGGUCACCAAGAAAGCCUGAGAAGCUUAAGACCCUUUUCUGCUAUUUUAGAAGAGUCACAGAAAAAAAACCUACGGGAUUGGUGACGUUUACAAGGCAGUGUCUCCAGGAAUUUCCAGACUGGGAGAGAUCUCAGAAAAAACUAUCUAGACUGCAUGUCACCUAUGAAGGCACCAUCGAAAGCAAUGGACAAGGUAUGCUACAGGUUGAUUUUGCAAACCGUUUUGUUGGAGGUGGUGUGACUGGGGCAGGACUAGUACAAGAAGAAAUUCGGUUUUUAAUCAAUCCAGAACUGAUUGUAUCGAGGCUCAUCACUGAAGUCUUGGAUCACAAUGAAUGUCUUAUCAUCACAGGUACUGAGCAGUACAGUGAGUAUACAGGCUAUGCAGAAACUUAUCGGUGGGCAAGAAGCCAUGAAGAUAAGACCCCAAGGGAUGAAUGGCAACGCCGCCACACUGAAAUUGUUGCUAUAGAUGCAUUUCACUUCAGACGUUUCCUUGAUCAGUUUGGUCCAGAGAAAAUUAGAAGAGAGCUCAACAAGGCCUACUGUGGCUUCUCUCGACCCAAUGUUCCACCUCAACAUCUCUCUGCAAUAGCCACAGGAAACUGGGGAUGUGGUGCCUUUGGAGGGGACUCCCGAUUAAAAGCCUUAAUACAGAUAUUGGCAGCUGCUGAGGCUGGACGUGAUAUUGUUUAUUUUACCUUUGGAGAUGUGGAGCUGAUGCGGGAUAUUUACAGCAUGCAUACUUUUCUCUGUGAGAAGGGCCAAACUAUUGGGGACAUUUAUAGGCUGUUGCUGAGAUACUACAAUGAAGAAUGCAGAAACUGUUCCACUUCAGGACCAGAUGUCAAGCUGUACUCUUUCAUAUACAACACCAUUGAGUCCUAUGCAGAUUCUACUGAUGAUGAUGAUGAAGAAGAAAAAGGGUUGUGCUUUGAAGAUUAAAAUAAAUGUAUCUGAUCAGAAUAAUGUUUAUCUCCUCCCACUGGUAUAUUGUGUGAAAUGCUGGACAUAAUGAAUGAGCUGGCUUAACUCAAUCUAUAUUUACUGCAUUGGUAGUUAUGUAUAACAUUCAAACAAAAAAACUCCAAACACCUUUGAGAGACUAGAUUUAUUUGUUUGGUUUCAUACAUGAAAACCUUGUUCAUGUGUGUACAGAAAAAUUUCUUUGGUAAGUCUGGAUUGUGUUAUACCUUGUUAAGUAAAAUAUUUUGGUACAUGUGUAUUUCACUCAAGAGAUUGCUGAAAGACUUUAGAAUAUUUCCCUGUACUCCUUUGCCUUUAUUUUUCAGAACUCUUAUGCAGAUUCCUUACACAGACUCAGAGCUGGAGUGCAGGCAGCCAUGGAGCUCUGGGAUGAUGUCAGAGAGAAGCGCUGUAAUGAUUGUUCUUGCUGAAAAUUGUCAUAAUCCUUAAGACUACCAUGGUGCCAUCAGUGUUCUUACCAAAGUUUUCGUUCGUUUAACUUAAAAUGUCCUGGGUUUAAUCUAUUUUUUUAAUAAAUGGUUAAAAAUUGAAA